AUGCAAGCCGUUCGCGUCCAUCCUGCUCCCCCAAAAGCCACUCCUUAUUCACCCUCAAAUCCCGCUCCAUCCACUGCUCUCCAUCUAGACUCUGAUAUCCCCAUCCCAAAGCCAUCUCAGCCCGAGGAGCUUCUCGUCCGCGUCAAAGCCACGAGCAUCGUGCGCGACAUGUUAGCCUGGCCCGAGACCUUCGCCCACGAAUACGCCAUACCCGGAAACGAUGUCUCGGGGAUCGUCACGCAAGUCUUUUCGCCCGAUAGCAAAUUCAAACCAGGCGACGAGAUCUUCGGCAUGGCAGAUGCAGACCGCGGCGCGACCUGGGCAGAGUACACCAUCAUGAAAGAGAGCGAGGUCACUUUGAAACCAACCACGUUGAGCUUCGUCCAGGCUGCGGCGGUGCCUCUCAGUGCUCAAACUGCCUACGAGGCGUUGUUCGACCACGCUGGGCUUUCGCGUCCCGCGGUGCAGGAUGUCAAGGCCCGGUUGGGAGCACGUGGGCAGGAACCGGAGCAGAAGCAACAGCGCGUGCUGAUCACCGGGGCAGCGGGUGCGGUGGGCGCGUAUCUCGUUCAACUUGCUGCGGCAGUGGCUGGCGUGGAGGUCGUUGCCGCUACGAGUUCGAAUGCUCGGAAUGGAGAGUUUCUCCGGACACUGGGGGCCGAUGAGACGGUUGAGUAUGGCAUGCUGGAGCAAUACCAAGGUGCAUUCGAUAUCAUCAUUGAUGUGGUUGGCGGCGAGGUAUUGGAGAAGUGCUGGUCCUAUGUGACGGACACCGGGGUGCUAGUUUCGGUGGACUCAGCAAGCUACAAUUUUGUGAGCGAGCAUGAGAAGCGCGGUCUAUGUAAGACUGGUGUGCGUGCUUUGUUUUUCAUCGUGAAGGGCAGCACUGAAGGGUUGGCCUAUCUCGCGGAGCUGGUGGACAUCGGAGCCAUUCGGUCUUUUCUAGUGGAUACCUACCCUCUAGCAAAGGUGCGGGAGGCGUACGAUCUUGCGAAUGGGCGCUAUGUCGGACGUGGAAAGUUCAUUCUUUCGGUCUGA